GGGUCAGGGUGUGAGUUAGGGUAAAGGUUUCGUUUGAAACACCGAGAAUUUUGUCAAAACCAACUAGCCACGCCCACGGACUCGUGUGCCCCGGAAGUGAUGUGAGGUUGUCAAUGCAGGCAAACAGCAUGAGAUGUAAGGUCACGCAUGUAAUGACCAGAAGAGAUUGACUAGUUGAGAGUGAUUCAGGUGAUCGUUGAUCUAUUGAUCGAUCAUCAUGGUGUUUCUCACGCUGUCCUGCUGGACCCGAAGCCGCGGACCGGACCGAUACUGGAAAGUUCAAGAGCUCCUGAAGAACGCGCGGCAUUUCCGCGGCAGAAAGAAUCGCUGCUACAGUCUCGCGGUGCGCGCGGUGCGCCGAGCGUUUGUGUACGCCACCAAAGCGCGCAAAGCCAAAAGACGCAACAUGAGAACGCUGUGGAUCUCGCGCAUCGCCGCAGCCACCAGAGAACACGGCAUGAAAUACCCCGCGCUCGUGCACAACCUGCUGAAGUGCAGCGUACAGCUCAACAGACGCGUGUUGUGUGACCUGUCAAUCACGGAGCCGCGCUCGUUCCACGCGCUCACCGCACUCAGCCGCGCGCGUCAGCAGGAGGGGCUCCGAGCGGCGCUGGGUGACGGGACGGAGCCGCCGGGCGUUUUCUCGCGCAUCACGCAACUGCAGUGACCCAAAAACGCAGCCAAUCAGAUCUUCUGCUCACCUGUCUAAGGGAACGCGUCAGUUUAUCUCUGAACUGAACUCAGAUCAGAUAUGACGAGCGUCACUAUACUGGAGUGUGUUUGUGUGUUUGUGUGUUUGUGUGUUUGUGUUUAUUUUUGUAAAUAGAUGUUCUGUCUGUUUAUGAUUGUAUCAAUAAAACAUUUCAUACGUUA